AACAUGGUCGUAUCAAACAAAGCACUUCUAUUGAAUUCUUUUCCAGAAGGAAUUGAAGUCGAAUUAGAGUGUGCUAAUGGAUAUGUUAAAGACAGUGGCUCUGAGAUUAUAAACUGUAUUAAUGAAAACUGGUCUAACCCAGAACUCAUCUGUAAAAAGAAGGACUGUGGUCUCCCUAAAUCCCGACCAAAUAUGACAUUUAAAAUCAUCACUGAUACCCUAUUUGGUGCCAAAAUAAGAGUAAGCUGUGAUAAAGGUUACGAGAUUAGUGGAGCAAGCACUAACCAGUGCUUUGCUACAGGGUGGAGUGGAAGAUCCAAAUGUGAAAUUGUGAAAUGUGAGACGCUACCUGGUGAAGUGGCCAAUGGCAAAAGCUCAUGGAGUUCUGAAGAUUAUCCAGAAUAUGGACAAACCAUACAGUACAAGUGCAAUGAUGGAUACACUCUCGUUGGGAAUGAUACCAUUAUGUGCGAUGAAGAUGGUGAAUAUCACCCUCAGCCUCCUAAAUGCAAAGGUGGCAGAGACAUGUUGACAGUUGAGGAUGAUACUACCGCAACCAACGUAACACCAGCAACAACUUCUUUAUCUGGAGAGAUUGACAAGCAAGAUGGGACUGAGACUGUAGAUGGUAACAAGGACGUUGGAUAUACACCUGUUAUAAUCAGUGUGUUCAUUGUUCUGUUAGUUGUAUGCAUAGUGGUGGCCUUUACACAUAAGUAUUUGCUGAGGAGAAAAGGCUCAUAUGACACCAGAGAAGACCUGAAGCCACCGUUAAUACCCUUCCAAACUCUUUAGCUUGCCUGCCUCAAUAAGCUCUGGAACCGUAACUAUCAUUUAAAGAACAUCUGUGUCCCAGGAAGGAUGUGCCAACACACUCUAGCAGUUCCUCUCUGGAUGGAUGGAUGGAAACUCACCUGAAUAUUAUUGCACUUCAAAUGGCAGACAAAAACAAAUUUGUUAAAGUAUAAUAAUUGAAAUGCUCAAUGGUCAUAAUGAACAUCCACUGUUAAAAGGAACUUUUUGUUGAUAUAAUAUUUUUUCCUGCCCUCACACUUUAUUUUAACAAAUAUUUGUAAAUAUUAA